AUGAACUGCUUGUGCGAUUGUUCCUACGUUGUGCCUGCUCGGGGACCUGAGCCAGAAUAUGAGAACCCUAUCUUUCAUCAUUGGCAGGUCUCCCAGUCUGGCUACAACUUCUACUUUUGCGCAUCGCACCGAGCCUAUCAUUGCAUGUACAUUGAUGGCAACCUCGAUCAGCCCUAUUGUGGCGAAUGUGCCCCCUUUUACUAUCAAGGCUACCCAAAUAUAGUUUGGCAGAAAGAUCUUGAUAGACAUGCCGAGCUGCCAGCCACUCGUCUCAACAAUCCCACCAUCGUCGCUUAUGAGCUGAUCAUGAUGAAUCUUGCCAUCCGGGCCAAUCAUGAGGCCCAAGGCCAGCAUCGCCACGCCCCAGCGGCCGACGCUGGACCCAUUGAUUAUAGAGAAACUCUAGCGGAUCUCCUUCGAAUGCCAUCUGCUAACGACCUCCCUCGUCCCGGCAUAGCCGUCCCGCGAGACCACUUUACGUACGAAGGCCUCGGCACUGUUCUGGUUGGCAGUCCUCGUCAGCGUGGUCUGUUUCGCCUAGCUUUCCGUAACUACGCGGGAGCGGUGGGAUGGAUGCCCUGUGGCCCAGAUAUUGGCCGGCGAGCAGAAUUCCUAAACCUGGCUCAGCACGAAGAGUUUGGUGAUCCCAUCUUCAAGAGCGCCCGCCUUUGGGCUUGCAAGGUCCAAGGCUAUCUUUACAUGCCCAAGGAUAUCCGCUGGGUCCUGUGGAGCAUCUAUAUGCUGAGCAACGAGGUCCUUUACAACAGCCAGGAGGACGAUGAGCAGGUUCUUUGGCUCAUGCGCGUGUGGCUCAACGACCUGUACUUCACAGCUCAGAAGCUCUUUGAUCGUUACCAGCUUGAAAUGCCCGUCCCCAUGCCUGAGCAUGAUUGGCUCGAGCGCCCCAUCGGCCGCUUUAACCCUCCUGCGGGCGCUCCCGAGCAGCAAGCCAUGGGCGGACAGCCCAACACUCCCGCGGUGGCUGAUACGGGCUCUAACAGCGAUAUGUCUUCCUUUGUUGAUCUCGCAAUAGUCGACGAGUCUUCUGGAGAAGAUACUCCCGACGAGGGCAACUCCGAGAUGAACUUUUAG